AUUCCUCACUCUUAGUUUCUUCAUUUUUGAAUCAAAUGAUAAAAAAUGUUUGAAAUUGGGGUAUUUUGGGUAUUGAGUUAGGAAAGUGAGGGUUACUGUGGUAAAAUAUCCCCUUUUCCUUUUAUUUUCUCUCCCUCUCAAUUUCCCACUCUGUACCAUCGGCAUCUCCUUUGCUUAAUUUCCUACCCUUUUCAUCCCAAACCCAAUCAAACUCAGAAUCCAAUUUUCAAAAUCUGUCAAGGACGAAGGAAGUGGAAUGGCUUCAAACACCCCAAUGCGGUCAAACAGCACACCCCUCUCCAACUCAAUCUUCAAAUCUAAACCGGUUUUCUUACAUGAAUGGUGGCUUGUCAAGCCUCUCAACCACUGCAACGGUUUUGCUCUUGCUGGCAUUGCUUCAAUGCCGGGAGAAAAAAUGUUUGUUUCAUCUGUGAUUGUAAAGGUACACGAACCCAAUGUUGUAGAGACCGAUGAUGGCACCAUCGUAGGCUUCCGCGGUUUCAUUAACUCCUCUCGUACAUUACAAAAUGGUUUUCCUUCUCAGAUAUGCCAACGUUUCUCAAUUGGAUUUCCACACGAUUGGAAAAAAUUGUCGGCUCGUUUAGGAAAUGGAUGUGAUUAUGUGGAUAGAGUUAAUGGUUUUGAUGUUUUAAAUACUUCUUGCCACAAAGAAACAACUGAUGAUACUUCCCAGGAAGCUAUGGAAGCUGAACGUAACAAGAAUGUUACAAGUCUUAAGUUGUCUCAACCACAAGUUGACGUGAUUUUUAAUGGUGAAAAUGGGUUCUCAAAUGUUGAUGAUUCAAAUGCUUUUCCCUGCAGAAAAAUUGCUGAUCAAACUUUGCAGGAAGCGGAAGGUAAUGAUAAUAUUACUAGUCAUAAGUUGUCUCAUCCACCGGUUGAGGAGGCUUAUAAUGGUGGAAAUAAAGUCUCAGAUUUUGACGACUUGAAUGCUUCUAUCCUCAAAAAGACAGCUGACGCGACAUCACACAAAGCUAACGAAGCUGAGGAUGAAGACAAUAAUGGGAGUCUUAGGAUGUCUCAGCCGCAGGUUGACGUGAUUAAUAAUGGUGAAAAUGGUGUUUCAAGUGUUGUUGCACCUGAAAGCAGCCAAUCUAAGAUGGAUGCAUUUGAAUUUGAUCAUGUCUUAGAGCAAAGCAGAGUCAAGUCUCCACUAAACCUGAAGAAAUUGAAGUUAUCUAGUGAUCGCAAGAAGAAUAAACGUCUCAAGCAGAAGAUUAUAGAGAAUUCUGAUAAUUCAUUUAGAAGGGUGACAAGAAGUAUUGCCAAAAAUAGUCACAUAAUGCUUUAAAAGGAUAGGAAAGUUGAAGUAAAAAUAUUAUACUUCUCCUGAUAGAAGAUCCUCUAGGUUACAUUAUUAUAAAAAAAAAGCUGUUUACAAUUAUUCUGUUAGAUUUUGAUCCUAACUAAACAAUUAUUUUGCUGGUUUUUUUUAGAUAUAAAGGUAGGUGUAGUUGUCCUAGGAUUUGGAGGCCUUUGUACUUUGUUAGUUUGUAGUGUUAUAGUUGGUGCCUGUGGAAGCAUAUUUUAUUAGUUUUAGAGUUUUCUUCUUUUUACUUACCCCUGUUUUGGUUUGUUGAAUUUAGGGCAUGUAUGCACAUAUUUAGGACUCUGGUAGUUGUUAACUCUGGUUUAGUGCCGUUGUAGGAUUCUCUUUCAGCCUAAUUUUUCAAACUAUUGAAUGAAGUUCUUAGCAAGUCAUGUUCUUGCAAAGGAUAUACACCAUAUUAUUAAUAAUGAGAUUAUAUGAAUUUCAU